AAGGACACCCGCUGCCGGAUCAUCACAGGAGAAGAACAGGCCGGAAGAAGGAUUCAGGAAUCAGCUGUCAAAAAAGUAUAAGCAACGGAUCAUAAGGAGGGAUGUUCAGAGCUUGUGUAGAACACUGCCUGUGAGUCUUACUGAACACAUCCGCCAAGAUGCCUGCAGUUUCCAACGGGCUCAGAGAGCUGUAUCUGUCCACUUCUCUGGGGGAACUCAACAAAAAGGCUGAAAUUAAGCCGGACAAGACAAGCACCCGGAACUAUGUUCAGAGUGCCUGCAAAAUCUUCAAGGCGGCAGAGGAGUGUCGUCUGGACAGAGACGAGGAGAAAGCUUACGUGCUGUACAUGAAGUAUUUAACUGUAUAUGACAUCAUCAAGAAAAGACCAGACUUCAAGCAGCAACCGGAUUAUUACAUGACCAUGCUUGGGCCAAACAGCUUUAAGAAAGCCAUCGAAGCCGCAGAGAAACUCUCUGAAAGCCUUAAACUCAGGUAUGAGGAAGUUGAGGUUCUAAAAAAACUUGAGGAGAAGGAGAGACAAGAGGAGAAGAAAAGGAGGGAGGAAAUGAAAGAGAAAGAUAGCGGUCGAGGUUCUCCAAAAGUGUCUUUAGCAAAUAAGAAGGACAGCAAAAAGAUAAAAGGAGAACAGAAUGAACUGAAGACUGAACUAAGGAAUACACCCUCGAAAGCUGCGGUGCCAGCUGGUAGCAUCUCAGCUGAGAAACUUUUCCACAUGAUGGAGGACCAGACAAUUACAAUAAUUGUUAUGGAUGCGCGCAGUCUCAGGGACUUUGAGGAGUCUCGCAUUCAGGUCCCGGGCCAGACGUGCAUUAGCGUGCCGGAGGAGGCCGUCAGCCCAGGAAUCAUUGUGACUCAGAUUGAGGGGAAGCUGCCAGAUGCGUCUAAAGAGCAUUGGAAGCGGAGGGGAUUUGUGGAUUAUAUAGUGCUGCUGGACUGGUUCAGUUCUGUCACUGACCUCAAACUGGGCACCACCUUGCAGAGCCUCAAAGACGCCCUCUUUAAAUGGGACAGCAUCACAAUCCUGCGUAGUGAGCCGCUGGUGCUGGAGGGAGGCUACGAGAACUGGCUGUUGUUUUACCCCAUGUUCACAUCCAACGCUAAAGUCCACCCUCCUCGACCGAAUGUCAUCAGCUCCCGCCCCCAGUUGAACUUUAGCUACCCAUCCCUAGAGGAACCAAAGCCUGUGACCCCACCUCAACCAGAGCCCGAGGUGACACCCGAGCCUCAGGAGGCCUCCGCUCCUGUGCUGGUGAACGGGGUUGCACCAGCAGAACCCCCCACAUCAAAAACCUCCGAGGUUACUGACGGGCCGCCAGACUCUCUGGAGUCCACCGUCACCGGCUCGACCAAUUCUGGGCUAGACCUUAGUAAGAAGGGCCCUGCAGCAGGUGCAUCCAUUCAGACGCCUGCAAACAAAGCUUUCCCACAGUUUGACCGUACCAAGAAACCCUCUGUCUGUGUUACCGACGAGCCAAAGCCCGGCCAGAACGGAUCCAUGCAGAACGGCCCAAAUAUGUCCGACCGCUCAGUCAAACCAUCUAUCACCCCCAACAAUUCACUGUCUAAAGAAGAACAGAGCCAGAUACACUCUGAGGCUGUAGCAGGGAUGGAGAAGGCGAAGCAAGAGCAGGAGAAACGAAACCAGGAGCGUCGUGCAGAGGGUGAGAGACGGGAGAAGGAGGAGAAGGAAAGGUUGGAAAGGGAGCAAAGUGAGAAGAGGAAGAAAGACGAGCAGGAGAAUGGACCUCAGGAGAAAAAGAAACUGGAACGGCAGAAGGCAGAAGAAGACGAUAAAGAGAACAGGGUGUGGGACGACAAAGAGAGGAGGGGAAAGGAGCAGAACUCUGAACCUCCCUCCAAGAGUAUGUCCCUGGACUCUCCUGCUCCCAAUCAUAUCGUAAGUGAACUUAAGGUGAGUCCUAUUUUCUCCCCAUGUUACUUACUACUACAGUGUGAUGUUUAUUUCAACCCUCUGUCUGUGGGAAAGUCAGAAAAGUAA